CUUCAAUGGUGGAGCACCUCGUUUCAGCCAUGUUGUGGUUUUGAAUGAGGAAGAAGCGGGAGAUACUACACAUCAACGAGUUUUUUGGUCAUUUAAAGUGUCGUUCACGAUAUGUUAACUGUCUAGUGUGAGGCACAACGUGAUAACCGUUAUUCCGAAUGCAUUGGUUGUGACUUAACGCGUCCCUGUUGUAAUUUAAACAUACUUCUGUAAAUUAGCCGCGCUGCUAACAACGUUGGCUAGCAAGGUAGUUAGCAUUGUGUAUAGGCGGGCUAGCUAAUUCUACGGCAACUAGCCAGUGGUGAGUGGGAAACCGUUUGAAAUUAGCCCAGUUUAACGUGCCCCGCUCGAAUGACUCGCGUUAACUUAAUUUCUGUCGGCUCCCAAAACCGCUAGACGGCACGCACUUGUAGCGAUAUAUAUCGGCAAACCGGUGGCGUUAAUUAGCACACUUAAAACCAUGCUGAAUAAACUAUAUGAAUGGCUAGAGUCAGGCGUAGACAAUGUUCGCAAUGGUGUUCCAGCUGCAGAGCCGUCUCUUGCAGACCGACCACCUGGGGAUGAUCACGUCAGGAUGAGAAGGAAAAGACCACUUGAAUGUUUGGAAGACGGACAGGAUGGAUUAGCAAUAAAGAAAUCUCGAAUGGGAGGGCUUAUUGACACUGUCCUGAUUACAGCUGAAGGUGUAAAGAAUCGAAGCUUCAGUGUGGCAACAUGGAUGAAAAACAGUGUGAGCCCUACCUUGAGAAAAGUACUGCCUACCUCAUCUGGGCCUUCACUAGAACAGCCACAGCCCUCAACAUCAACUGCAAGAUGGACACCAAUGCAUAGCUACAAAAGACACUCAUUGGAUCAGACCUUUGCAGCUCCCUCGACGACGUUGGAGUGGAAAACCUCUAAAUCAGUUUGCAGACGGCAAGUGCACAUCAGUCCUAUCAAUCGUGACGCUCCAAAAACAAAUGGGCAUUUAUGCAGCUUGCCAUCCACUAUCACAUCAAAAUUUCACCCCUCUGCACGGCUUGGCAGGCCCAUAAACUUCAGAACAUACACCGCACCAAGUGUGCUUAGUGGAGCGUCUACAACAAGCAGCUCUAGCAGCAGCAUGUAUGAGAAGACCUUUCCAAUCAAAGUGGUUCAAAGCCCGUCACACAGAACUUCAUCGGGUCACAUACAUCACACCAAGCCCUGCUGCACGGCACAGGAGUCUGUUUGUUUAGAGGAGAAGGAGGUCUACAGGCAGCUUUUGAACAUGGUCUCAGGUGGUCAGUCGUCUUGUCUUCACAACGGCCGCUCGCAUUCCAUUGUGAGGUCACACCGAGAUUUCACCAGCUUUCUGAGCACCAGCCGCAGACUGCUACAGUUUUCUUCCCCUGCUGGUUCAGCGGCAGGGGAUACUUCAGAGGGACCAAGCAGUCCUCCCAGCCCCAGGGGAGUUUCAAGCCAGAGCUCCAGCAACCUUCCCAGCCCAGUGGGGAUCACCUGCAAACCAGGGAAACCAACUUGGUCUCAGGACACGGACCUCAGCACCAUUAAAUCUGCUCCUUUCAUGUCAGCUCCCUCCCCAUCUGCAGUGCAGAACAACUCGUCUCAGGACAGUCAGUCAUCAGCUCAUGAUGGUGACUCAGUUAUUAUUGUAAAUGAGCAGAAGGGUAAAAAGCAAGACAGCGCAAGCAUGCCAUGCUUCCAAGCCGAUUUAUGGAUUAAAGAGCUGACCAGUAUGUAUGAUUCUCGGGCAAGAGAAAGACGAAGACAGAUAGAAGAGCAGGAGGCUUUGGCUGCCCAGCUCCUGCGACAGCGCCUGUCUGAAGCGGGGCACCGCAGCACAGAUGUGGAAGUCCAUGUUCGAGUUCCUUUGGAGAAGGAAAUUCCUUUGACAUUAGUUAUACAAGAGCCUUUGGAAGAUAAAACAGAAUUUCCAGAACUCUCAGAGGAAAUGGAGGCUCAGGUGGACAAGGUGUUAAGACGCGGGAGUCCUGAUGAAGUAUUCAGUGAGGGAUUUGGUCUUAGCCUGACCCGCAAAGAUCUGCAGACUCUUAGUGGCCUCAACUGGCUAAAUGAUGAGGUGAUCAACUUUUACAUGAAUCUGCUGGUGGAGCGCAGCAAGAACCCCAAGAUGCCCUCUGUCAACACAUUCAGCACAUUUUUCUAUCCCAAGCUGCGCAGCAGUGGCUACUCUGCUGUCCGCCGCUGGACCAAAAAGAUGGACAUUUUCUCCAAAGACAUUCUGUUGGUUCCUGUCCACUUGAGGAUGCAUUGGUGCCUCUCUGUGGUGGAUUUCCGCAAAAAGGCUGUUACCUAUUUUGAUUCCAUGGGUGGAAACAAUGAUGAAGCGUGCAAGCUGUUGUUUGAAUACCUGCAACAAGAAAGUAAGGACAAAAAGGGUGAAGAACUGGAUACCACAGGCUGGGCUUUAUACAGCAAAAAGCGCAACGGUGGAUUGUAUUGUGUGCGCUGCAUGGAUUUGCGGUGCGCAGAGAACUCGAGAGCAGUGCUCGAUUGCGCACGUGCACAGCUUAGAGGGAACAUUGGUGUGGAGGAAAUCCCACAACAGAUGAAUGGGAGCGACUGUGGAAUGUUCACAUGCAAAUAUGCAGAUUACAUUACCAAAGACAAGCCAAUCACAUUCACACAGAAACAAAUGCCGUAUUUCAGAAGAAGGAUGGUUUGGGAGAUAGUAAAUCGUAAACUGUUAUGAAAGGGCUGUCUAGGAAACAUUUCAAUUCUGCAAAGGCCUUGCAACACCAGCUCAUCACAUCAGGGACUGACGUUGCCACUCUGGCCCCUCAGAGGUCAACCAGGCUUACUGAACUUUUGCCUACAGUAUGUUGCUGGAGCUCCAAGCACUGUUGGAUCGUCUAUGGAGCAUACCUCAAACACUGCAGGAUUUGUCAUAAGUCAUUCUUGUUCACCGACUUACACAUAUCUUGAUGGGAGACUAGUGUGUUGCCACUAGUCUUGUAACGGCAGUUAAUGAGGGUCCCUUGUAAUGUCACAUACUCCUGGGCAGCAAAAUGGGCAAUGCCAACAUAACUAAACUCUUAAUGGCACCUUUGUAUUGGGCCACAAGACUUGUACAUUGUUUUCUCUUCUAAUAUGCACAUUUACAUUCAAAAUAGCAUUAUUUUUGUAAUUUCAUAAAAAUGCACAAAAGUGUUGAAAUGUGACAUUACUGUGCAAAGUGUGAGUCGAUAGGAGUGAUACACAGUAGUCUUAAUAGUUACACCUGAAAAAGGCCGGGUGAGAACAUGCCAUUUCCUCACUGAGUCUUGCAAAAAGAUUGUAAAUGUUCAAAGUCUAUUUUACAUACGGGAGUCUACAGCAAUUUUUGGCUAUAUUCAGAAUAUUUUCAACUUUGUAGAUACUCAAAACAUACAUUCUCUUGGGACAUUGUAUUAUAGUUUAUGUACUUCCUAUUUUUAUGUAGAUUGAAGUCUGUUUUAGUAAUAAAUUCUCAUUUAUU